CCGCCAAAAAAUAAAACACUUUCUGUUCUCUUAAACUUAUAGUCUCAAAAAACCCCAAAAUUGGUACAAUAUCAGAAACGGUGGAGUAAAGUGACUCUACAAUAUCUGCAUAGUGAGCUACCGGUGGUGAGGUUUGCUUCGAAAAUUGAUUCACUGGUGCCCUCAAAAUAUUGCUGGUGGAGUAUUCUCUCUUUUUUACUUAAUUGUGAAGACAAAUAGCUAUAACAAAAAUCAUUGAAGUGAGCUACGGACUAACGUGAUACAAUUCUCUUUACUCUUGAGAAAAAAAGAGACAAAAUUUACUUAUUUUGGUGAGCUUCAGACUGACUGUAAUAAGCUAAGACGUAGUGAGCUUCAGACCGACUGUAGAAUUGUAUUUUGAUGGAUGAUCAUGGAUUUGUAAACCUUAGUGAAACCUUGAAGGUAACAACAGGAUAUGGUAAACCUGAUGAAGUAGUUUUCAAGAAGGCAUUCCAAACUGAGAGGAGAUCAUUGCGAUUGGCAUCGAAGGUACUUGAAGUUUAUGCUAUUGGGUCUCAUCUGGAAGAUGUUGUCUUCGAGGUUAUAAAUUCUGCUGGUGAAGUGGAUGAAGAUAUCGAUGGUGAAGAGGAAGAUGGAUGCUCCCAUACCCUUUUGAUAAGGCAGGAUUUAUCGAGGGAAGAAGACAAUGUGCAAGUCGAUAAAGUAGUAAUCAACACACAUGAAGUAACCCAACCAAGAAGUCCAAAGAAAGAGAUUUUGCUUCUUGAGGAUUCAUAUUCCUUAAAAGGUCCAGGAAUGGUGUAUGAUAACCCCAAUGACGGAAGUAUAAUGCUCUUCAAGGAUUCAUGUGCUUUCAUGGAUCUGGAGAACAGACAAAAACUUGGGGAUGAUAUUUGCAGAUAUGCCCUACACAUCAGAGAAUGUGAAGAAAAUUUGGAGUAACUUAAUAUGGAAAAAUCAAAUAUUGAGCUUGAGAUGUCCAAUUUGAGAGAGAAUUCUCCUAAGGAGAGGGAUGCUCUGCACUCAGGAUUGGAAUUAUCUCUGAGUGAAGUGCUGUUUUAGAUAAUCAACUUUGCAAGUGAGAUAAAGGACUAUAUUCCCCCAUUAUCAAAUCUUGAGGGUGCCGGUGCCCCAUUUCCUUUCCUGAUCACUAUCUCAAGAUCGUAAGUUGAUGUCCUUCCAUUCCUGGAGCCGGCUUCCUUUAUUAGUAGUCUUCAAUGUCCUACAAAGAUUCACUUAUUAGUUUGUCAUUAUUAAAAUAUAGAUUUUGGAGACAAAUAUGUGCUUGUCAUAUAUAUAAUUUAAUCGUAAGGGAUGGUCUUGAAUUUUUUAAGUUUUAUAUUGAAAAGAUUUGGC